CUUCUAAGUUGAAAUCUCAAUCAUCUUCUCUCGUGUUCGAGAAAGAAAGAAAUGAUCAAUUUUUAAUAAUCUACGUGUAAAUAAAUUGCGAUAUCAUCUUUUUUUCACUUUGGCAAGAAAUAGAAAUACCAGUCUAAAUUGAAAGCGGAAGCGGAAACCGGACAAGAGAGAAAAAGCACUGGACGACGGCUGGCCAUUGACACUGGAUGACUUCCGGUUUGCAUGAAGCAAAACGCCAAUCAGCCGGCAAUCUUUCAAUUGGCACCAGCCUGGUGGCAAUCGAGCCUCGGCGAAUCCCUCCCUCGUCGUACGCAUCGAGUCCCCUUAACAGCCAGUUAAUCGCCCAUUCUUCACCAGCUGUUACACGAUAACACGGAUUCGCAGUUUCAGAAUCUCCCUAUAUCUGCCAACUCUCCAACUCGCCACAAUUCGCAUCCUUCCCUUUCAUCGAGUCGCGAUAUUUUCAUCCUAUUUUUUGACGGAAUAUUCAUCAGAAGAACCGAGAGGAAAAAUUUUUCGAAAGAAAUGUCGCGAGAAAUAUUAAUUAACCAGCUCGCGACACGAAACAUCACGAUAUUUCAGCUUGUUCGAGGUUUAAAACGUUUAUGACGAGCAGUUUUCGAGAGGGAAACGGGUUCGGUGUGCUUGUCGGAGAGAGCUUUUAGUUGGAAACCAGGCUCAUCCAAACCUCUCUGUCUCUCGUAUCUCGAGACGAAAUAUUAUGCACGCCCGAAUUCGGGUCGGUAAUGGUUUUAUAAGUCCACUGUUUUAUAAGUUUCUCUCCGGAUAAAUUAAUCUCUGGAUUUACCUCUCGACGUAUCGUUGGGCGAAACUCGGUUUUAGGGAUUUAUUUUCGGCUUACCUUCGUGCCCCUCUUCCCGAGAAUUGAAUAUAGCGUGUCGACUUUUAGGCUUUCCCUCCUCGCCGCCCCUCUCUCUUCUGGGACCGAGAUCGAUCCCACGACCGAGAUCUCUCCAAUGAUCAUAACUCGUGGCAAACGAUAACUUAUCCCGCUCCUUGUUCGGACCUUGGAACAAGAAGGAAAUGGAAUUCGGGGCGAGAAGGUAUAAAUUUUCCAGCGGAACAUUCGCUGGAAAUGCGAGAAACUCGCGAGGUAAGCAAGCACUCGAAGGGAGCGAGAAACAGAAAUUAUCCUUUUUUAAAAUCGUUAAAAUCGUAGGAUAUUGAGUUAGAGGGAAGAAAGGAUUGUUCCAAGGCCGCUCGAUCCGAGAUUAACGAACACCUUCGUAUUAAACUAGGAGGGAAAAAAGAAGAAGGAUCGUUUAAGAAAAUAUUAAAGAGACGAAGGGAUGGAACGAGGAGGGGUUACCACUUUCACUCGUAUAAACAAUGGGAGGGAAGGAACAACUGUCUAGAUAAGCCGACAAACAAACGGGCCAGACAGAAAACCCUUCAGGCUUGUAAGAAAACGUAGUUAAAAUCUGAUGUACGGGGGGAGGGAACGUAAAUGUCGUGAUAAAUUCCCAGGCUAUACCGCCGUUACGGGUUAAGGGUAAACAGGCGACACUGACCUCUCCUCUCCUUCUCUCUCUCUCUCUUUCUCUUUUAUCAUUUUAUUCCCUUAUCGAUCUUUCUGUACUUUUUCCACGAAUAUAUUUGCAUCGCGUUCCAAAUGUCUCAAUAGACGUUCGUUUUUUCCACGCUCUUCAUAUCCGUUGCGUAUUAUCACGUUGAUAACACGUGUAUACAAUUUAUUUUCUUUAAUUUAUCUGGCCAGGGAAUAUUUUACGAAAGCAUGCGUGGUGACAGCUUAUCGAGCGACUCGUGCACGUGCAAAUAUGCGCUGGAAUAUACGUACAGGAUCGGCCUAUCUCGCUUCCAUCCACCUUUUAUCCUUCUAUGAACGUGCCCUAUGAACGAGUUCCGAUAGGAAUCUCUGUUUGGCCGCGACACGGUCGGAAUGGGAAUUAGGCUGUUACACGCUUCCUCCCCUUUCUUUUCCUCCCCUCGAAAUAGCGGCUAAAACGCGCACGAUAUCGCGCGUGACAUCGUCCCUUCGAUACGAAUCGCUACAUUCAACAUCCCCUUCCGAAUGUCCGAAAUACAUCCCCCUCUUAUCUUAUUUCGAAACACAUCCUUCUUUUUAAUCCAUUUGGGUGCACUUCGUUCCGCGUUGAAACUGGAGAAUAAUUUGCGAAAUUUGUUUGCUUCUUAAUCUUCGAGUUUUGAAAAUAGACGUUCGAUCGGGUUAAUCUUGAUCGCGCUUCUUUGAGAAUGUUCUCGAGAAAUUUUCGAGAAGAAAAAUCCGAUUCGACUGUUUUCAAUCCCCUGGAAAAUCGGGAUAUUUACCAUUACUUGGUAAUAACGUGUUGUACAAAAUACGUUGAAUUGGAGAAAAAUCACGCGUUUUCAACUUUUCAUCAAGUGGGGAGGCAAAUCUUCUUAUAAAACCGAUACUCUCGCACGGUUUUUCCGAGCGUUAAAGGCGUGACUUGCGUGACGAGCAAUAGACCUACUUCAUUACCCGGGCGAAUAUUUUUUCCAACCGCUUGUACGACCUCCGUGCGCCGAGCGAGGGGAAGAAAGGUCGUUUAUAAAAAGCGCGGCUUCUAACGUGUGUAAGUAAUUACGUACACGUUUCAUGGUUAACGGCAACGAUUCGUGCGCGUACGAUCUUACGUCUCUAACUGGACCCUGUUUACCCCGGUCAUCGAGAUCUUGGCCUCGCUGCCUCCACCUACCUACGUGGACGAGGAUCGUAAACCAGCCUUUUUCUCCUAUAUUUUUCCCCAACCUAAAAUAAUCCAUCCAACGAAUAAUCGAGUGAAACUCGGUGAAAAUUCCAAUUAUAAAUAUUCCUCGGUGAAACAAUUUUCUAAAAAAUCUCGAAAAAAAAAUCUUCACCAAGGUAAAAUACCAAUUUUCCAAUCGCAUUUAAAAAGAAUUAAUUUGAAAUAUCGAGUGUCGUGGAAAAGUUAUUCUCUAAUUCGAAAGAAUGGGGCGGGGGAGGUAUUUUCAAUACUUAAGAUGGAAUCAGGGCCAAAUCGAUGAACGCGAUAAAGGAUGACGGUUGGCAAUACAUUGUGUAAUUAAUUAAAUUUAACCGCAUUGCGACGCGCGCAAGCACAAAUUCGUACUCCAUCAUACAGAUAGAUAUGGAAAAGAAAUUUUUUAAUAUAUAUAUAAAUAUACGAUUCUUUCUUCUCCCAAAAACCGCUAACGAUUUCCACGAGCCAUUUAACCGAGCCGCGACGCAAGCCGCAGUGGUGAUAGACCGCACGAGUCCGGACGUGGCGUUUCGGUUUACCCAGCGCCACGGUUCGACUACUACUUUCACCGCCAGUCCUUCCGCUUCGUUCAAUCCGUCAUUAUCAAUUCGAAUUAUCUUCGGCGAUUAGAUCAUCUCUGAUAUAUCUUUAUUCCUCCUCGAGGAGGCGUCAUUUCCUCCGUGCAACGAACCGGCAACAGCGGUGGAGAAGAAGAAAAGAAGAAAAAAGAGAAAACGUCGACGAGACCCGUCACCGAAUUCAAUAAGCGGAUUAUCAAUCUCUCGAGGGUGUCCCCGCGAUUACAGUUUUUGCCUGUACAACUUUCCCACCGGAUAAUGCCCCCAAAGGGUUUGCAUCGACUUUCCAAGGAUCGAUAAAAUCGUCCCUUCGAGAGCGCCGCUUUUUUCGCCCGAGGAUUUCCAAGUUUCCAAACCCCCGUUCGCGAUAAAAUUCCGCUCCAAAGUUUCGAAAAGGAUAUCACUUUCGCGGAAUAAACACGCAAGAAACGGUUGAUUCUUGCGCAACCGUUCGUUACUCGAAGGAUUAAAACUGAGCGAAAGGAGAAUCGAAGCGAAGCGAUUAAUCCUAAUGCGACGUAGUGAGGAUUGUAUUCGAAAUUCUGAUUGAACGAUUAAAAAACGAUUGAAAGAGGAGAAGGUUAAAAUUUGGCGAGUCAAAGUUGGAUUGGAGAGAGAGAGAGAAAAAAAGAAAGGAAAAGGUCAUGAUUUAUGGGAUCAGGUGGCGUCGAUGAAACUGAUAGGGAAGGAAUCCCGGAUGGGACGGAUUUCUUCCACGCGGAGGAUAAAAGAUCGAGACGCACGGUUGAAACGAUUUAUCGGGGGCCUCGUUCUCGCACGCGCGAGAAAAUCGCCUAGCUUCUCGAGUUUGACCCCCGGCGCGAUUUAUAGGCUCGGUCCAAAACGGAGGAAGAAACGCACGGAUACAGGGGGAUACUCGUGGUCGAGGUUGGGACACUCUCUGGAUCGAAAACGGAGUAAUUCUGAAGAGAUCGUUAAUGGAAUCGAAUAAUUUUUCUGGUUAUGGUUAUCGCCACGGUUGGGAAUAAUACAUUUUUCUCCACGUAAAAAUAUGGGAUGGAAAUGGUGGUUCGAGUUGAGAAAAGGGACGAGAUCCCCUUCCCCGCGCGAGAGUAAGUGUGAAAAAUGUUGAAUGGAAAUUUUCAAUACGAAUCUUCUCGACGAUCCCCAACAAAAAGUGACAAAUAUUGCGAUAACUCUCGAUAAAAACGAUUCUCAUUAUCUUUCUAAUAAAAUUUCAAAUAGUUCAAUUUCUCUCUAUCUCUAAAAUUAUCAUCCUACAUUUUUACACUCGACUCGACUUUUUCAUCUCUACUAAUAUAUUUCGUAUUCCCGGAAACUCAUGCUCAAAUAAUACUCCACUUUUUCCAUAUACGGAAACGAGACGGUACAUAAAAAUUCCUCCUAAAAUAAAAAUGUCCAAAAAUUAUACGCGUGUAUAUAAUUUGGCACCAAGACGUCAAAUUACAGGAGGAGAAAAGGAAAAGAUCGCGAUACAAGACCCUAACCCUGUUAUCCGGAGGAUAUUCGGUUCGAGAGGAAAUCGUAUUUGUAACCCGAUGUUAAGAAACGUCGUUGGAUGCAUUGCGUGGACGGAGAAGGGGGAGAGAAAGAGAGAAAGAGAGAGAGAGGAUGUUUCGGAAAAAUGGCAAGACGGAGGGAGGGUGUAUCGAGUUUUUCUGGCCAUUUGCCGGCGUAUCGACCAUCGCUGGACUCUGCUCCGUUCAUCCGUGAGGAUCAAGUUCAACGAUGGCCUUGUUCGUCUACUUGCGGCAAAAGUGUAUCGAGCGUCUGACGCCGGAUGUUGAAGGGGGAUGGGGUGUAGAUGCCAACGAUAAUAACUGACUUCCCUGGAAGAUACGAAACGAGCCGGUUGAACGAAACUUGUCCGUCUGAUUGAAAAUUUGGAGAAAAAUUUCGGGGCGAGGAAGGGGCGAGAACUCGAGGAGUGGAAGAAGUUGGUCGGUUGGAAAGAAAUGAGAGGGCAAAGGAUGAGAAGGAAGAAAGGCGGCGUCGACGAGGGAUCGACGACCUGAUGCGGCAUCUCUGAUCCGAAAGAGCGUGCCGAGAGCUUGGCUGCGCUCGUGGGACGAAAAAUGAACGAAAGCGCGGUCUACCUGCUCGGCUCGGAAGAAGAGGGAAACGUAGGUGGCAACCAGCUGAACCGAAGCUUCUACAGCGCGAGCUACCCGCCCCAGAACCGCAGCCACGAGGAGGAUCUGUGGAACCUGGCCACGGACCGGGCCGGUCUAGCUAUACUCCUGUUCCUGUUCUCGGUGGCUACCGUGUUCGGCAACACGCUGGUGAUCCUGGCCGUGGUCAGGGAGAGGUACCUCCACACAGCGACCAAUUACUUCGUCACCUCGUUGGCGUUCGCCGACUGCUUGGUCGGGCUGGUCGUGAUGCCGUUCAGCGCCAUUUACGAGGUGUUGGAGAACCGAUGGCUGUUCACCACGGACUGGUGCGACGUGUGGCGCUCGUUGGACGUCCUGUUCUCCACCGCGUCGAUCCUCAAUCUCUGCGUGAUCAGCCUGGAUCGUUACUGGGCGAUCACCGACCCGUUCACCUAUCCGAGCAAGAUGAGCAGGAAGCGGGCCGCCGUGCUCAUCGCGAUCGUGUGGAUCUGCUCGAGCGCCAUCUCGUUCCCGGCGAUCGUGUGGUGGAGGGCCGUGAGAACGGAGGAGGUGCCCGAGGACAAGUGCCCGUUCACCGAGCACCUUGGAUAUCUCAUCUUCUCCUCGACCAUCAGCUUCUACUUACCCCUGUUCGUGAUGGUGUUCACUUACUACAAGAUAUACAGGGCGGCCGUGAUCCAGACCAAGAGCCUGAAACUGGGCACCAAGCAAGUUUUGAUGGCCUCCGGUGAACUGGAGCUCACUCUGAGGAUACAUCGGGGCGGUGGAACCAACACCGACGCGAGACACCUGUUCCGCACCGCCUCGAGCACGCCCGAGGACCUCCAGGAUCUCGAGGAGCCGCUCACUACAAUCCAGCACAACAACUGUUUGACCAGGGUCCCGUCCACGAGGAUCAAUAAACAGCACAGGGGCAACAAUUUCUCCUUGUCGCGCAAACUGGCCAAGUUCGCCAAGGAGAAGAAGGCAGCCAAGACGUUGGGGAUCGUGAUGGGUGUCUUCAUCAUCUGUUGGCUCCCUUUCUUCGUCGUCAACCUCUGGUCGGGUUUUUGCUCCCAGUGCAUAUGGCAGGAGAAGAUCGUGUUCGCCGCUGUUACGUGGCUGGGUUGGAUCAACAGCGGAAUGAAUCCGGUCAUAUACGCCUGCUGGAGCAGAGAUUUUCGUAGAGCGUUCGUGAGGAUCCUGUGCGCCUGCUGCCCCGGACGAGUAAGGCGGCGGUAUCAACCUGCAUUCAGAUGUAAACCAAGUCAAUACGUCUCCGGGGCGAGUACGAGCGGCGAGGCGAGCCGCGUGAGUUACAGCAGCGUGAGCCAGAGCAGCGACGGUGCCGGAAGCGUGCUACCCAGCGGCGGGAUGUGACGUCACACGGGGGCCCGGUCUGGGCCUCGACGAGAGCGCGCUAUCCGUUUCCGUGACACGUGAUUGUAGGCUCGCUUCUCGAGGAAUCGUGUCGCGCCAACUUCCACUCGGAAGUGCACCUUCCAGAUCUCCGAGUUCGGAGCCGAGGCGAACCAACGUCGCCUCCUUCCUCCGCGCGUGUGUGAAUGCGAGUGUGCGUGUGCGAGUGUGCUUCCGACUAGACGAAUCGAGGAUAAACGACGUGCUUCCGUUCUUCCUUAUCGUCGAGCUUUUUAACACCGGUGACGAAAAGUGGACCACGAAGAAGCGUCACGCGCGACCCGGGACGCCCCAAACCGGGACACUUGUACCGGUUAUUGCGCGCCCCUUUAUCGUUGAAUCGUUUCUUCUUUCUUUCUCUUCUUAAUGAUAGAAAUUUUUCAGAUCAGACACAGUAUUUUUUUCAAUCGUGUAAUUUAUAAAAAUUUGCUCGAGAAUCCGGUUACAAGUUAAGCGAUGCUGAGAUAAUGAGAAUUAAGAAUUGUUAAUUGAAUUAGUAAUUAAAAUUCGUUUCUGAAAAAUUCGUUUCGCUCAGGGGCGCACAAUGAUCGGUGUAAAUAGCCUGUUAUUUCUUGUACAUAGAGAACAAGUAGUAUUCGCGUUUUGUACAUCCUAUGACGAGGGAUUUAGAGAGAAAAUCGAAUCGCGGGAAAGACGAUAGGCCGUAAAUCGUGCUCGGCCGAUAGCUCGUUACCGUUUUUACGUUUCGGAUACCUUCGAGAUACUUUGUAGCCUUUUAGCGAGAAACCUUCGUACACGGAAUCGUAAAACGAUCUGGUGAUGCGCGAACGAGAGUAUCUAUCCGAGUUAUCCUUUACUUUCUUCUCCAACGAGCCAACGAAUUGUUGUUUCGUUCCGAUACGAUUAUCGCUUUUCCGAAUCGAAUUUCAAGAAAAGAAAAAAAAAAUCUACGAAAAUACGUUCCUGUUCCUGCUUUCCGUUGCACCUUUAAAAGACUGACGAUCGGAAUGUUCGGCAACGCCGAACACGGAAUUGGUUCUCCCUCUCUCCGAGUUUCCAGGAAACGACGAUCUCUCGUGUCGAUGCAUUGACAGCCGGUUACACGAAACUGAAAACCAUACGCAAAGUUAAAAUGACGCGAUAAAUAUAUAUUAUUCGAGUGAAAUUGACUGUCAAUGUUCAAAGAUGAAAAGAAAAAAUGGAUGAAAAAGAUACGUAUUAUUUUGGAAAAUAAUACGUGGACGUUCUUCGCGGAAAAAAAAUUACAUUUUUCGAUAUCGCACGAGCGUAAAAUGUUCUUCCAGUCAUCGUUAAUCGUUAAAUACGUACACGAGAAACGCAAAGAAAAUCGUUACGAUUCGCAAUAACACGCACAGUUUAAAUGGAAUGAAAAUUAAGCUAAAAUUAUUACAAAUGCGAUCGUAUAUUACUUACAAACGGCAGAAAAAAAUAUUUUUGUCAAGUCGUCGUCGAACGAAACUUUGCGAAACGAAACCGAUAGCCGAAUCGAUCUUUCUUUAUUUGUAACAAGAUUAUACGAUGUAGAAUGAGUUGCGCACCAGGGCCGUUGUAACUUAAGCGAAGAAUGAAAUAACAAAGUUGUAAUUUGGAUAACGAAUUCAUUCACAUUGAUUGCCAAAUCUGAAAAAAAAAAUAAUUGGUUAGUUCAAUUUAAGAUAUUAAUUGAUCAAAUUAUAUUUAUCAUAAAUAUCGGUAAUUUACAUACUUCGAAAUUGUUUUUCUAAUAUCAAGAUUUAUUUGAAAAUUAACAAGCAAGAAAGUAAUAAAUGCAAUUAUUGUAUCGGACAAUCUUUAUUCGAUAGGCAGAUGUCAUCUCGUUCUAUUAUCAAUCGUGGAUAUUUUUGCAGAAUGAUUAUUUAUUUUAUCUACUUUAUUUUAACUUAAGCAUUCGUUGUUGUACAUAAAACAAUUAUCGCGCAAUUGUAAAUAUUAGGACACUGUAAAAUUAACUUAUGUGAAACGUAUACAUAUAUGUAUGAAACAUUGUAACAAAGUGUGUAUCAAUACGAAUAUAUACAAACGUUUCCUCGAAUACAUCAAUUCAAUAAUCCUAUCUCGGUAAAAAUUGCAAAAAAAUUUGAUUAAACAUUUGGUGUUCAUUGACAAUUAUGUUUUAGCUAACUUAUCAAUUUUGCAUGUAAAAUUAAAAUCUCAAUAUACGAUGAAAAAUGAUGUAUUAAAAAAAAAAAAAAAAAAGAAAUAGUAAACAAAUGACUUUGAAUUUCAAAUCAACAAAAAUAUUAAUCGGUUCUUUUAUCCAGCACAGAUUUUGCUUUUAUUAAUAAAUUCUAUUUGGAAUCAUUAUUUUUUUAAAAAUUGCAAUAUAUUUGUUAAAAAAAAUGACACGUAAUUGGUUGACAUUUAUCUAAUCUUUGUAAAUAUUAAAUAUUACUUUAAUAUUUCAAAUUAAUAUUCAAAAAAAUUAAUAAAAAAAGUAAUAAUUUAAUUAUAAAAAAAUUGUUACGUUACAGAACAAAAGAAAAAAAGAAAAAUUAUCGAUUUGAUUAUUAAUAUUGAUAUUAAAUUUAAACAAAAAUCGUUAAAAAAGAAAAUCAUAAACUCCAAUCCUGAAACUAUUGUUUUCUAUAGCUUUCAUUAGAGGGCGCUUUAUACAUACAAAAAAAAUAAUGCGUCCAAUUUAAAUGCUAUUUAUAACUUUCUAUUUACAUUACAUCAUUCAAGUAUAUAUUUCUGCUGUAUUAAGAAUGCAUGAAAUAAUAAAUUGUUAAUUAAUAUGUAAUACUUUUUAUUGGAUAUACUGUUUUUCACAGAAUAUUUCUAUAUGUACAUGCAAUUUUUGUUAUUCGAAAACUGAAUGCUUUUUAAAACUACAAGAUGGAAACUUAUUUACAUCUAACAAAUGUAUUAUUAAAUUAUUAUACAUACGUAAUACAACAAUGAGAAUGUGAAUGCGUGUAUAAUUCGCAUUAUAUUGCGUAGAUUAAAAAUUUUCUUGGCCUGUACAUAAAAUAUAAACAAUGUGAAGAAAUGGAAUCCUAUUGUAUAUUUAAUUUUUAAGACAUAACGUGCGAAAAUAAAGAGUAUCAAUUCAUGUACAAGAAUCAUAUUAUGAAAAUCACUUAAAUACCUACAACAAAAAUAUAUCCAUCAGUACGUUGUUCUUAAUUUAUAAUAAAAUUGAAAUAAAAAAAUAUUAUUUA